AUGACUGUCUCUUGGCAAGCACCCGCCGACUACGCCAACCGCCCGGUUGCCGUCCUUGGUGCUGGCGUCCUUGGUCGUCGAAUUGCAUGUGUCUGGGCCUCCGCCGGAUAUGACGUACUAGUUCGCGACCCUAGCCCCCAACAACGUAUCGACUGUGUUGCCUAUGUCGAGGAGAAUGUCGCCUCAUACGCCGAGAAGACCGGAAAGGUUCCUGGCAAGGCUGCCGCAUAUGAAGAUAUGAAGACUGUUGUCGAGAAUGCUUGGCUCGUUAUCGAAGCUGUCCCGGAGAAGAUCCAAUUGAAGAUCGAUACCUUUGCUGAGCUUGACGCCCUUACUCCCGCCGACUGUAUCUUGGCAUCCAACUCUUCCUCCUAUAAGGCUUCCGAAAUGCUCGAGAAGGUCUCUGAGGCCAGAAAGUCUCAGAUCCUGAACAUGCAUUAUUACAUGCCCCCUAUCUGCAUGCUUGUUGAGCUCAUGACCGAUGGCUUUACCUCUGAGGAGAUUUUCCCCUUCAUGGUCGAGCGCUGCAAGGAGAGCGCCACCUUGCCAUAUGUUGCCAGAAAGGAGUCCACCGGCUUUAUCUUCAACCGCCUCUGGGCUGCCGUGAAGCGCGAGUGCUUGACUAUUCUGUCCGAGGGAGUCUCCGUUCCCGAGGAGAUUGACGCCAUGUGGGACAUUAUGUUCGUCCAGGGUGGCACUCGCCCCUGCAAGAUGAUGGACAGCGUCGGUCUUGAUACUGUUGCCUUCAUUGAGGGUCACUACAUCCACGAGCGUGGCCUGCCUUCUGAACAUACCGUUGACUUCUUGAAGAAGAACUAUCUGGACGAGGGCAAGCUCGGAAAUAAGUGCUCUAAGGGUGGUCUUUACCCUCCCGCCGAUACCACCGCCAAGCCCGGCCCCCGUAUCGUUGUCCUGGAUAUUGGACUCGCUUCCGCUAAGGCCACCGCUCCCAACCCCGGUGAGAUUCUUGAAGUUACUUUGGACGGAAAGCUUAAGCAGACUCUUGCUACCGACCAAGCUUAUCCCGACGGCAUUGAUGUCGACUAUGAGAGUGACCGCAUGUUCUGGACCAACAUGGGUAUCCCCGGAAAGGAUGAUGGCUCUGUCUUCUCUGCCAAGACUGAUGGAACUGAUGCUCGCCAAAUUGUUGGUGGUGGCGCAGUCAACACCCCUAAGCAGCUUGUUGUUGUUGCUGAGCACAAGAAGAUUUACUUCUGUGACCGUGAAGGUCGCCGCGUUUUCCGAUGCAACUAUGAUGGUUCCUCCCUGGACCUGUUAAUCGAUAACCGUGACGACAACCCCGAGCACUCUAAGUGGUGUGUUGGCAUCACUGUGUCCCCCAAGCUCGGCAAGUUCUUCUGGACCCAGAAGGGUGUUUCCAAGGGCAGCCAGGGCCGUAUUUUCACUGCCAACAUUGAGACCCCUGCGGGCCAGUCUGCCAAGACGAGAGACGAUAUUAAGUGCCUUCUGUCCGGUCUUCCCGAGUGUGUCGAUCUUGAGGUGAAGGAGGACACCCUCCAGCUUUACUGGACUGACCGCGGCGAGAUUCCUUUCGGUAACACCCUGAACCGGGUUCAGCUGACCGAGUCUGGCCUUGUUGAGGAGAAGCAUGAGAUUAUCACCAAGCACCUUCACGAGGCAAUUGGCGUGAAGCUUGAUGCUGCCAACGGUCACAUUUACCUGACUGAUCUUGGUGGCAGCAUCUACCAGACCGAUCUGGAGGGCAAGAACAAGAAGGUCAUCUACUCCGAUGAGAACCGUGCUUUCACUGGAAUCGCCCUCCUCCGAUAA